AUUGAAGAUGAUGAUAGGAGAGGAAGGGAAGAUACAUGCAACAAUUAUGCAUUCUUGGUUGACCAAGAGUGGUUUAGGAAGAAUUUUACGGCAUCCGAUUUUAGUCACAAUAUGGACAGCGUUCCAGUGGUGCUAGAUUGGAGCUUAGGCGUGGACAAUACUGCAGUCGCAGUAUUUCACAGAUUCAUGUCCAAUGAUUCCAGGGCUUAUGAUGACCCUAAACCCUACUGCGAAAUACUAAAUGCCACUUCCACUUACACUCGGCAAAGGCUUGUAUGUCACUGCCCGCCAGGCUUCGAGGGAAAUCCCUAUCUUCGCAACCCUUGUCACGACAUUGAUGAAUGCACAGAUCAAAACAGAUGUGGGCCAGGGACCCCCCAUUGUAUGAACUAUUAUGGGACGUAUACAUGCUACAGACACAGAGUGGGUGGAAAGACAAAGAUCAAACUGAUUCUUAUAGGUCUUGGCGCGGGUGUGGGACUGUUGUUACUGCUGCUUGGUGCAUGGUGGGUACAUGAAGUCCUAAAGAAAAGAAAGAGAAUUAAACGCAAGGAAUUUUUUUUCAAACGAAAUGGUGGCUUAUUGCUAGAACAACAAUUAUCUUCAGGUGAAGUUAAUGUAGAGAAAAUUAAGUUGUUCAAGUCAAAGGAGUUAGAGAAGUCCACUGACAAUUUCAAUACUGAUAGAAUUCUUGGCCAGGGAGGCCAAGGUACUGUUUACAAAGGCAUGCUGGCUGAUGGUAGAAUUGUAGCUGUAAAAAAAUCUAAAAUAGUGGAUGAAAGCCAACUUUCAGAUUUUAUCAAUGAGGUUGUGAUUCUUUCACAAAUCAACCACAGAAAUGUGGUUCAACUAUUGGGUUGUUGUUUGGAGACGGAGGUUCCCAUUUUGGUUUAUGAAUUUAUACCUAAUGGAAACCUUUCCCAGUAUAUCCAUGGGCAGAAUGAGGAGUUUCCACUUACAUGGGAGGUUCGCUUACGAAUUGCCAAGGAAAUUGCAGGAGCUCUUUCCUAUUUACAUGCUUCAGCUGCCUUUCCCAUUUAUCACAGAGACAUCAAGUCUACCAACAUACUCUUGGAUGCAAAAUACAGAGCAAAAGUUGCUGACUUCGGAACUUCAAGAUCAGUUGCCAUUGACCAAACUCACCUCACCACACUUGUACACGGCACAUUUGGUUACUUGGACCCCGAAUACUUUCAAUCAAGCCAAUUUACGGAGAAAAGUGACGUGUAUAGCUUUGGAGUUGUCCUUGUUGAACUCUUGACAGGACAAAAACCAAUUUCUUUUAGAAGGUCACAAGAAGAAGGCAAAAGUCUGGCCACAUACUUUAUCAUUUCGAUGCAGUUAGAUCGCCUGUUUGAAAUUCUUGAUGCUCAAGUUGUGAAAGGAGGGUCUAAAGAAGAUAUCAUAUUAAUUGCUAACCUUGCAAGAAGAUGUUUGAAUUUGAGUGGAAGAAAGCGCCCUACAAUGAGAGAGGUCACGGCAGAGCUGGAGGGGAUUCAAAUGUCAGAAAAAACUUCUAAUGGUGGACAAAACUAUGAAGAGGUUGAAUUUGUUAGGACUGACUCAAUUGAGCCUUGGGAUGUUGCUUCAAGUUCAACGGGAACACGGCCAAGUUUGGAUGGUGGUCCUUCUUCAUCAUUACAUGAAAUUCCGCUAUUACCUUACAAGUCAUGGUGAACAUUAAUUGUAAUAUUGUAAUGCAUGUUCCAUUUAUGUGUUGCUCCUUUUUUGAACUUUUCCGGUCAGAAUGUGAGUGCAGUUUCCUUCCAAUCCAUAAGGUCAUAGGUGAGGUCUGGCUGAUUAGCUACACUGCCUGAUGGCUAUUUCAACACAAAUCACAAAUCACUGGAUAUAUAAAUUCAUUUUGACUAGAGCAACAGGGUGUUUUGAAAGUGUUUGAAAUUUUUAGUUGGAUCAAGAGAAAUUGGUUUGGAGAGUA